AUGCUCCAGAAUACAUUAGCUUAUCAUUAUAAUACAUUGGCUUAUAAAGGCAACAAAUACUACUUAUCAGUGCUAUGGUAUGGUUCACUCCCACCUCUGAAUAAUACUCCACAGGUUGGAAAAGAAGAUAAAAACAAGCGUGCUGAUUUGGAGGCCUCGUUACUGAGCUUUGAGAAAUUGGAUCGGGCAUCACCAGAUUUGUGGCCGGAGCAGCUUCCAGGCGUUGCACUUUUUGCUGCUUCUUUUAAAAGCCCAAUCAGCAACUCUCCACCCAAGUGGAUGGCCGAACUGGAGAAUGAUGACAUUGACAUGUUGAAGGAGCUGGGGAGUCUCACCACAGCUAAUCUGAUGGAGAAGGUGCGUGGCUUGCAGAACCUGGCUUAUCAAUUGGGACUGGACGAAUCAAGAGAAAUGACCAGAGGGAAGUUUCUUAAUAUCCUGGAGAAAGCCAAGAAGUGAUUGACGGAUGCUGUGUAGCUGUUUCAGUAGCAUUUUUGGAGUUUCUUUCAUGUCUACCUGGAACGGUUUUGAUGGCCAAACUUUUAUACUUUAAAACAAAACUCAUCAACCAUUUUGAGUUUGAUCAUGUAAGCUGUGUUAUUGUGACAUGAGCGUAAAAGGUGACAGAUUGACAAGUCUGCAUAUACCGGGUUUAUUUGAAUUUAUUUUCUUUAUUCUUUAAUAAACCAUUAAACAUAAACAUUUACAAAUGACAAGAUUUUCCUGGUUCAUAGCUGCAAUGUAGUAUGUGGGAUGUUGGGUAUUGGGAGGUUUUCUGUAGCAUUUAAAGUGGUUGCCAGUCAUCUUUAUAAAGCAUGGUCUAGCCAUAAUAUCAAGCGUUAUCAGUGACAUCUUUGUUGUUGCAACCAUUCGUUUAUUUUAAAUUAUUUUCCCAAAAUUGAUUGUCUUUUUGUGAUGUUUUUAUUCGAUGCUCUCAAUAAAACUGUAUUUUGUUUAAACCUAAA